AUGCCGUUGCGCGAUAUCCUCCACAAGAAAGACAGGCUUAACAGCUCCGACAAUCAAUAUGCCACAAGCACGAUAGACACUCAUGAAAACUCCGUACCUGAGAUCAGAUUCGUCCGCUCGGACACCACCACUCAGGAUAUCAUCAUCCCACCAAGCCACCAGGAUGAUGAAAGCUAUCUAGCCUCAGCGCGGCCAUCCUCUUCCUCCUCGCAUCGGAAAUCGCUGAAUCCAUUCCAUCGCUCGAGGUCUCCCUCUGAAUCGGGGGAAUUAGCAUCGCCGACACGCCCGCGGGGAGAAAGACGGUUGUCGCAUUUGUUGCGUCGUGAUCGGCGAGGUUCCUCGGCUUCCGCCAACAUUCCAUCGGACCUUCCGCAGAUAGAACCCAAUAUUUGCGACGAGCAGGAUCGGGAAGCUCAAUGGGAGAAGCGAGCAACUUUCCUUGCGCAGCAUAGCCCGCAACCUGGAUCAUCACCUGGUCAUUCGCCUGCUCCCUCAAUAGGCCUUGGUUCGGACAGUAUACGACCUCAGUCUCGGAGUUCCAGCCAUAGUCGGAUCAACGAUCCGCAAGGCGAUGUUAAUAUCCAAGAAGCCAUCCGACUGCAUGAAGCUGGUGAUUUGGAGCUGUCAACAAGCAUGUUUGGCCGACUAGCGGACCCGAAUGGUGCCAAUAAUGCGCUUAGCCAGGUGCUUUACGGCCUUGCGUUGAGGCAUGGCUGGGGCUGCACCCCAGACCUCGAAAAGGCGAUAAUAUAUCUUUCGGCUGCAGCGUCAAACUCAGCGUCGAUCGAGGCCGAAGCUCUCGCGGCAGGCCUCAAGAAAGGCGGCGCCGCUAAGGGCGAGCUUAUCCUAGCUAUUUUCGAAUUGGGAAACUGCUUUCGCAACGGCUGGGGUGUCAAGAAGGACCCAGCAGCGGCACGGCAGUACUUUGAAACAGCUGCCAACCUGGGCGAUGCAGAUGCCAUGAAUGAAAUUGCCUGGUGCUAUCUCGAGGGAUUCGGAGGCAAGAAAGACAAAUUUGCGGCCGCUAAAUACUACCGAUUGGCUGAGGGACAAGGAAACAAGAUUGUGGGAAAUUCUUGGAUUUGGAAAGACAAAUACAACCCGAAAUAA